AUGCCGCCACAGGUGCGCCCACCGCCCGUCCCCCCCCUCACCUGCCGGCCUGCUCGCUCCUCCAACGGCAAACCCUCAGCGCCUCUUCACGAUUUGAAACGGGACCUCGGCUCGGCCGGGCCAAUGAGAGGCCGCCGCCUCCAGGACGUCACGAAUCACGUGCCCCGGCGCCUUCUGCGGGGGCUACUGGGCAUGCGCCGGGGAGUCGGGACGUGGGCGGGGACUUGGGAGCGCUACUAUACUGGCAUGUGCUUUGCCACACCUGAGAAACAGCUGUGCAGUUUUUACCAGGCCCCUGACGCUUGGCGGGUCUUCUUCCUAUUGGCCAUUCUCGCUCCAGCGGCUGCCGGCCUCCUGGCGUAUCACUGGUCCCGAAACGACUGGAGUAACCACCCCUUGGUCAGGACGAUUUCCUUUUACGCGCUCCCCCAGUCCGGCUGGAGGGCCGUCGCAUCUUCCAUCAACACAGAAUUCAGGAGGAUCGACAAGUUUGCCACCGGGGCCCCCGGGGCGCGCGUGAUCGUGACGGACACCUGGAUCAUGAAAGUGACCACGUACUCCUUGCGUGUCGCCCAGCAGCAAGACAUCGACCUCACAGUGGUGGAUUCGAGACAGCACGAACUCUUGCCCGACUCGAAUAUGCCGGCCCAGUUCCUCACCAUCCGGGUGGGCUCCGUCAACCCCCGCGUGACACCUUUCAAUAUCCGGUAA